UAUCUGUGGGUCAAAGUUGAAAAUUCAAAAUAACUAUCGUAUUCCCUCCGUUCGCGAGAAUGGCUAAACAUCAUCCAGAUUUGAUCUUUUGUCGAAAACAAGCUGGUGUUGCUAUUGGAAGAUUGUGUGAGAAAUGUGAUGGAAAGUGUGUGAUCUGUGACUCGUAUGUGAGGCCUUGCACACUGGUGCGCAUCUGUGACGAGUGCAACUACGGGUCGUACCAGGGUCGCUGUGUCAUAUGUGGAGGUCCCGGGGUGUCUGACGCUUACUACUGCAAAGAGUGCACCAUCCAGGAGAAAGACGUUAGUCGCCUGCUCUCUCUCUCUCUCACUUAUAAAAGCGAGAUGGAUGCCCCAAGAUUGUGAACUUAGGCAGUUCAAAGACUGACCUUUUCUAUGAACGGAAGAAGUAUGGCUUCAAGAAGAGGUGAAGACAGGCCUGUUCAACGAGUGCUUUGCUUCUGUUUUUUUGUAUUAACGUUUUUACCUUUUUUUGUGUGAACAUGUUUUGACAAUACAAUAAAGCUUUAUUUUACAUUGCU